AUUGUGCUAGUACAGACUGCAGCGUGUAUCUCUAAGUUCACAGCUCUGGUUGCCUGUCUAUGCAGGAAACUUGUAACGUUCUUCUGGCAUUUUGAGUCAGGAAAGAGCUGCUGCUUACAUUUACAUGUUUUUGUUGCACGAAGAAAAAGUUUCAGUUUCGUUUCUGGUGUUGUGCCGAAUUUCGAUUCCCUGCCUGCCACUCCCCUCCGUUGAGUCUGCUACCUGAUUGAUGAUUGGAUAAUAUAGGCCGAGUGAUCUACAUAGAUAAUAUAUACAUACAUCUUAUCGUAAACUUAACCACUGGGGUGACUGAGUUCAGAAAUAAAACAACAGAACAGGUUUGACUUGGGUGUAACAUCCUAAAAACAAGUUGAAGCAUUUCAGUGUUUCUUUUCACACAGAAGCGCUCUACGAAAGUGGCAAUUCACAGAAACAAUGAACAGCAAGAUUAAAGGAAAGAUGUAUAAAAGACAAGUCAGAAAUGUUCCCACGGACGCCCUCACUUCUGAUUUAUCAGAAGAGCAAAGAAAGCAGCUCUGUGGUUUGCUGGGGAAUGUUGACCUGACUCUUCUCUACAAAGCUUCUGUUCAUGGAUAUACUGCUUCUGCCUUCCAUCAGCGAUGUGACCGUCAGGGUCCCACUUUACUUGUAGCCUAUAACAGAUCAGGCUACAUCUUUGGUGGAUACACUAGUGUAGAGUAUGCUCAAAGCGGGCAGCAAAUUACUGAUCCAGACAUAUUCCUGUUCAGCUUUCAAGGCAAUGUCCCUGUGUGCAUUAAAAUUACCAGUGGAUAUACAGGUAAUGCACGCCUUGAUGAUACUGGAGGACCCAACUUUGGCCAACAGUUGUAUUUUUGUUACAGCAACCAACCCCUUUUGUUAAAUCAAGGAGGGAGCAUAUUUAGUUUUAAUGCGGCAAUAAUGUAUGGGAACGACACUCAAUUGACUGAAUGUGAGGUGUACAAAGUGGAGCAGUGCUCUCAAAUCAGUGCUGAGGAGAAACCAUGGAGGAACGUUCUGUGGACAGCUGAACGAAAAGACGAGCUCAUGGAAUCGAUCAGGAAUUAUAAACCCCUGAUGAAGUCUGUGAGUCGGGUCAGAAUCCUAAUGAUCGGUCCUGUAGGUGCUGGAAAAUCCAGUUUCUUCAACUCCAUCAACUCCGUCUUCAUGGGCCGCAUAACCAGCAAAGCCAUGUCAGGAUCUGCCGGCACUAGUCUCACCACACAGUUUCGCACAUAUCCAGUGAAAGACGGUCGUGAAGGAAAGCCGUUGCCAUUUGUGUUGUGUGACACCAUGGGACUCGAGGAGCAAUCAGGUGCAGGACUGGAUAUUGAUGACAUCAGCAGCAUUCUUCAAGGUCACGUACCAGAUCGUUAUAAAUUCAACCCCACAACAGCGUUUCAACCGGAUGAGAAAAAGUCUUCCAGACCUGCAUCUCUGCAGGAGAAGAUCCACUGUGUGGUGUAUGUGAUCGACGCCACCAAAAUCUCCAUCAUGUCCAGCAAACUAGAGGAAAAACUCGCUGCCAUACGCAAAAAAGUGAACUCACUGGGGAUUGCUCAGAUCGUCUUGCUGACAAAAGUAGAUGAAGCAUGUCCUCUAGUGGAGGAAGAUCUUCAAAGCCUUUAUGUCAGUUCCUACAUCAAGACGAAGGUGCAGGAGGUGAGCUCUCGGUUGGGUGUGCCGGUGUCUUGUGUGUUACCGGUGAAGAACUACAGUCAGGAGCUGGAGCUGGAGCUCAACUGUGACGUCCUGCUUCUCAAUGCAAUACAGCAGAUGCUCAACUUUGCAGACGACUAUCUGGAUGAUGUUGGUCACACAGAGAGCGACCCCAUAUAACGGGCUGCUGUUAUUUCAUUUCCUCAACUAUUCUGAGGCCAGAUUUGUGUUUGAGACUAAAAUGUAGAAUUUGUCUGCAACAAAUAUAACCACAAUUACAGAUUAUUUGAGUUAAUGUAAAACACAAAGAGUUCUGAUGUUACAACCUACUGUACAAUUCUGUGAAUGUUCUGUAUUCCUGUCACAUAACCAUUUAGUCACUUUUGCCAUCCACCAUAUUUUGUGAAUUUUGGGAUAUCACACAAAAACACUGGAUGGUGCCUUCACACAUAUUUCACAAAAUAUGAAGCGUUUACAGAAAGCGAAUGAUCCACUGCUGUAUUCUAUGUUUUAAAUUUGGAAAUGUUGUUACUAAAAAAUCAGCAUUGUGAAUUCUCUGUUUAUUAUCAAAGACUUUUCCGAUUAACUAAAAUUAAUUGUUUCUGAAAAUGCAAUGAAAAUAUAUUGUGAAAUAGUUCAUGAUAGGGUGGACAUAUAGUGGUUUGCUCAUACAUUGUCAGCUUACAAUUAACUUAUAAAAAGUGCUGGAACUUGACCAAAAUACAUUUCUAACAGCCUAGGUCUCUCCUUUACACAACACACAUGAAUAUAAAUGGAAAAUCCCAGCUUUUUAUCAUGUAAACUGAAGUGUCAAAGGCACUUUAUGGUGAUGGUGAUGUAGUGCGUUUAAAAGUGAAUAUGUCUAUGAAAGAUUGUACCAAAC